CUUCGGCCAACCGUUCCCGCGUCCCGCGCGGUGUGUGUUUCCAGUGUGAACUCUCCCACACUUGUUGGUCAAGCAUCCAUCCAUCCAUCUACAACUUUACCUAUCUGCUCUACCAAAAUCACCAUGACGGAAACGGGCGGACUCACGCGAGCCCAGAGUCGCUUGGAAUUGCUUUCCAACACGGCCAGUGUCAUGGAAAGUUCAAAUAACUUGUUGGAGUAUCAUCAUCAUCCACCACCAGCAACGGAACUCACCGUCAGACCGACGUCGUCCAGUUGCGUUUCUCCGGCGGUACCAUCCGAACCCCCCGCACUAGUGGGAGUCGCCAGACCGUCCCGUCCUCCCGUAACGUUCCCUAGUCGCACUACGGUGCCUUCCUUGCUCUCCUCCGUUUCUCUCGACAAGGAAACAACGAAUCAUCGGGCACAUUCGUUCGACGAGUCCGUCGCCUUUGGGACCGAAGCGCGCUUCGGCUCGAACAGCGUCCAUGGACCACAACACACUACACACACACACGGCAACCAUCAUCUCAUUCAGUACAGUCCGUACAAGACAGCCGACUCGACGGGAACUUUCCUCGAGGCGAGUGCGCACGUUCCUAUACCGUCCUUGGCGACGUCGCGGCUGUCGCUUCCACCGCACCCACACACGGCCUUUCGUCCACCGCACUCGGUAGGUAGAACCCGGCAUCCACUCUCCGAGGGAAACGUCCGAAACUCCGGCGAUGCGUCCAUCGAGUCGACCCUGGCCGAGACUCUUACCCAUCGAACGACGUCAACGUCGUCACCGCCGCUUCCUCCCCACACGGUAUCGAUUGGAGAUACCCAGAACAUGCUCCGACACCAUCGUGACGAAUCGCCCGUGACGCGGGAACCCUUCGGUUUGCCGCGCUGGACACAACGGACCACCUACCCGUCGUUGCCGAACGGGGACCGCGACGCGGCUUCCCCGGUGGGACUCCCCUCGCACGAAGACUUGUUGCGGGAAAAUCAGGAUCUGAAACAACUCCUGCACGGGCGGGACGGCAUCGUGCUCGCCCUCCAACAAAGAGUUAUGGAACUCGAACGCAAGCUCCAGUCCCAAGUCCUGCCGACCCGCAAAAUUUCCCAAAUUCCUGUCGAGGAUAUGAUGAAUUUGAUGCGGGAAUACGGUUCCGAGAUCUCGGACGUGGUCAUGCCACCCCGCAAACUAAGCAUACAAAAGGCUUCGGUUGUGCGGCAGUUCCGCCGUUGGAAUCCCAACUUUUUUGAAUACUUUUCCUACGCGAACGGGCGCUGGGAACCCAAAUUGGGCCGCCAGGGCGAGCUUGCGCGCCGGCUCCAAUCCCGAAACGAACACGCGUUGGAAAAGAAACAAGCCGAGCACAACACCCCGUCGAGUUCCACCACGCCGUUGGCUUCUUCGACCCCCACGGCGUCUCCACGAAUCCGUCCUUCCAACGGGACCCAUCCGCCUCCAGCACCGAGCACGGUCACCGAUGGCAGCGACACAUUCCCGAUGCCGUCCGGUGAUGCGCAAGCGGAGAAAUAG